UCACACACUAUAUAUUUUUUUAAAUGGAAAAUUAUAUGGUAUUAUUAUUUUUGAUUGUAUAGAAUAUUAUAAUAGUGCGAGGUAAUUACCGAUGAUGAUUUAGGAUGUUAUAAAAAAAAAGAAGAUGUGUAUACGCAAGAGAUAUUUGUUAAAGGGGAGUACAUAAAAAGAUAAAAAGUAAUAGAACCUUCCUCAGUGUCUGCCAAGUGAGCCUGCUUGUCUGGCCUCUGCCUUCUUGUGGCACAUCUACCUCCAAGUUGUUGGUUGGCUCUUUGGGUUUUAGUUGCGCGAAAGCUACCGGUCGUGGAACACACACACGCGAUUAUCGGGUGCCAUCGUUUCCAUGGAUAAUAGGUGACGACAAGUCUUUUUCACAUUUUGGAUAACGCAUCAUCAACGACAACUGCAAAACAAGAUGGAAUUGCACACGAAAUCAUCAAGACCCUCUCCAGAAAAAAAUUCCAAGGGCAAUGAGACAAUGUUUAAAAAUGACGUACUAUCAGGGAAUGGGACAACCUAUGGAGCCUUUCAAUCAAAAGAUCCGAUUCUAUCGAUGGAGAAGGGAAUCAAUGAGAAACAAGGUGACGAUGGCCAUGGAAUGAACUCGCAUCAUCCAACCUCAUAUUUGGAGACGAUGAUGCACCUGUUCAAAGGUAACGUCGGUUCAGGAAUCUUUGCACUGGGCGAUGCGUUCAAAAAUGCUGGAUUGUUGCUUGCACCACCACUCACGAUCUUUCUUGGAGUCAUCUGCGUUCACGCGCAACAUAUUCUUUUGAAAUGCAAUGAAGAAGUAACUAGAAGACUGGGCGAUUCAAUUACAACAAAACCCGGUUUUGCUGGAACGGUAGAAUUAUGUUUUGCAACAGGUCCUAUUCCAUUGAGGAAAUAUUCUGUUCUUAUGAGAAAAUUAGUUAAUAUCUUUCUAUGUGUUACGCAACUCGGAUUUUGCUGUGUCUAUUUUGUCUUUAUUUCCACAAAUAUGAAACAGGUACUCGACGUUUACGGAUGGGAGUUAAGUGUUAAUCUUCAUAUGGCUAUUAUUCUCAUACCAAUAAUUUUAAGUACUUGGAUUCGAAAUCUUAAAUACCUGGUGCCAGUAUCGUCGGUGGCCAAUUUUUUGGUACUUUCUGGAUAUUUGGCCACAAUGUAUAUUAUGUCCCACGAUCUACCUCCAAUCAGUGAAAGAAGAUAUGUUGCAGAUUGGAAAGCAAUUCCUCUAUUUUUUGGCACUGUAAUUUAUUCCUUCGAGGGCAUUACUUUGGUAUUACCUUUGAAAAAUGAAAUGAAGAAACCAAAAAAUUUCAACAAAACACUUGGAGUCUUAAACGUUGGAAUGGUCUUCGUUGGAGCGAUGUUCGUUGCAAUGGGAUUCCUCGGUUAUUUGAAAUAUGGAGACGCAGUUAGAGGAUCAGUCACCUUGAAUCUUGAAUCUGGACCGGGGCAAGGAGAUUCAGAUAAUUUCAUCUAUACCAGAUUACCUCAAUGUAUAAAAUUGGCAAUCUCUCUCAGUAUUGUGUUGACCUAUGCCUUACAAUUUUACGUACCAAUUGCAAUAAUUUGGCCAAAAAUUCUCGAACAAUAUGGACCAUUUCAAUAUCCGGUGGCUAGUGAAAUUAUUUUCCGGUCCAGUUGUUGUUUCUUAACUUUCAUCCUCGCAGAAGCAAUUCCACAUUUGGGUCUUUUCAUCUCGCUCGUUGGUGCAGUGAGCAGCACAGCUCUUGCACUUCUUUUUCCACCAAUCAUCGAAAUGGUCGUCUGCUGGCAGAGUCCAAAAUUGGAUAAAAUAACAAUAACAAAAGACAUAUUCAUAUUAUUAAUUGGCCUGUUAGGUUUCGCUACAGGAACUUACGAGAGUAUUACAGCAAUUGUCAGUGAAUUCAGUAAAACUGAUUGACAAAAAUUCCACACACACACAAACUCAAAUAAUUUGACAAUAAUUCGAAUUAGAAACUUAGUGAUAGUUUUUUUUUCUUCCUCUUCUUCAUUAGAAUCGAAAUUAGCUUUUUUCUCGUAGAAAAAAUUUCGAAAAAGUUUUUUAAAAAAAAAAUCAGCCUCUGUAAACUAAACAUGUAUAUAAAAUUAUUAGCUUUUAAGUACAUAGUAUUAUCUACAUUACGUAUAGAAUUUAUUUCUAUUAAAAAAAAAAAAAGUAUUGUGAAAAAAAAGUGACAGAAUCUCUAAUCAAAUAACAGUGAAAUUUCAAAAAAAAAAAAAAAUU